AGAACCCCAGGGGUAACGGUCACGGACUCUGGAAGGGGCCUGGCUGGGGGCAGGGACCAGAGGAUGAGGAUGGGGCCACAUGGACUGGGGUGCAAUGGGACAGCUGCUGCCAGCGAGAGGGACCAGGGCACCACUCUCUAGGGAGCCCACACUGCAAGUCAGGCCACAAGGACCUCUGACCCUGAGGGCCGAUGAGGCCAGGAACAGGCCAGGGGGGCCUUGAGGCCCCUGGUGAGCCAGGCCCCAACCUCAGGCAGCGCUGGCCCCUGCUGCUGCUGGGUCUGGUCGUGGUAACCCAUGGCCUGCUGCGCCCAACAGCUGCACCGCAAAGCAGGGCCCUGGGCCCUGGAGCACCUGGAGGAAGCAGCCGGUCCAGCCUGAGGAGCCGGUGGGGCAGCAGGUUCCUGCUCCAGCUCGGCUCCUGGACUGGCCCCAGGUGCUGGCCCCGGGGGUUUCAAUCCAAGCAUAACUCAGUGAUGCACGUGUUUGGCAGCGGGACCCAGCUCACCGUUUUAAGUCAGCCCAAGGCCACCCCCUCGGUCACUCUGUUCCCGCCGUCCUCUGAGGAGCUCCAAGCCAACAAGGCUACACUGGUGUGUCUCAUGAAUGACUUCUAUCCGGGAAUCUUGACGGUGACCUGGAAGGCAGAUGGUACCCCCAUCACCCAGGGCGUGGAGAUGACCACGCCCUCCAAACAGAGCAACAACAAGUACGCGGCCAGCAGCUACCUGAGCCUGACGCCCGAGCAGUGGAGGUCCCGCAGAAGCUACAGCUGCCAGGUCAUGCACGAAGGGAGCACCGUGGAGAAGACGGUGGCCCCUGCAGAAUGUUCAUAGGUUCCCAGCCCCCACCCCACCCAAAGGGGCCUGGAGCUGCAGGAUCCCAGGGGAGGGGUCUCUCUCUGCAUCCCAAGCCAUCCAGCCCUUCUCCCUGUACCCAGUAAACCCUCAAUAAAUACCCUCUUUGUCAACCAGAAA